AUGGCAAAAUCUGUUUGCCUAAAAAAUCCACAUGAAUGGCAUCCUUAUGUUUAUCAAUAUGGGUAUUAUGAUCCAGUAACAGUUGGUAGUAUUGAUGGUACAGAUACGACUCCACAUGAUAGAGCAAUUCAGCGCGCCUUAACGUCAUCCUAUAGGAGUAAAGACCACGUUUUUAACUGGGAUCCAAAGGCUACAAUAUUUGUAGGAAGGCUACCUUAUCACACUUCAAAAAUUUGUUUACAAAAAGCACUGCAUGAACUGUUGAAUAAACACUUAGGAAAUGAUUUAAAUAGUAAAUCUAGAAAAUACUGUCGUAGUCGUUCCCCAUUUUCCUGCGAUGAAAUUUGGCCAAAAAUUCAUCUUGUUCACAACAUUGUUACUGGCUAUCCAUGUGGCUAUGCAUUUGCAUAUUUUUCAUCAGAAUCAGAUGCCGAACGUGUACUGCGUGCUUGGCGUAAUCAAACUACUGUUUCAACGAAAUUAUACUGUGGACUAAAAGAUGAACGACACUGUGGUUUAGAUAUACCUAAUGGUGAUAAGGUAAUUUUAGAACCGUAUUUCGGUGGUACACUGCCUGGUUGGCGACCACGUCGUCUUGGUGGUGGAUUAGGUGGUCGUAAAGAAGCUGGGCAGUUACGAUUUGGCGGAAUCGCUCGUCCUUUUAGACGUCCGUUUACUGCAAAUAAUGCAUCUUUGACAGAAAAGAAAACAAAGUUUUGCAGAGAUUAA